CGGUGGAUGUAGUUGGCGACUGCAGCGUCUGCGGACCAGGCUUCUCGCUGUCAGGCUGCGUUACUCACGGACGGAACUAAUCUUUAGCCACAGUCGGAGCGGGUGCUGCUGGUGUUCUGAGUAGGACGGUGCCGUGGGCGAGGAACUCUGAGUCACAGAACAAGGCUUUAAUUGGUCACCUAACAACUGGCUGUUCUGCUGGUAUAUGUGCCGUUGGUCAGAUGGAUUAUUCGGACACAAUGUUGCCGUAUUGACGACCGUUCAGUGAGGUUGAUCACUCGGACAUCAUGAUUCUGUAGAGAAAGCUGUAUGAAGAGAGGUUGAUAAUUGUCUCGGUGAUGUUCACAGGUACAAGGAUACAUUAUGUACAGGUAACUGAAGACCUGUACAAACGCUAGAUGUUCCAAAUGGCCAACCUGUCGACCAGCUUGCUGUCCAUGUUAGACAUGAAUCAAUACAACCUUUCUCCAAACUUCACCAUCGAUGACCUCAUCAGGGUGGCUGUGGAUUACAAGGUCUCGGACCACUGGUUCAAUUCCGAGACCGAGCUUGUUCUCGUUGUCAUCUUCUGUUUCGUCAUCUUGUGUGGCCUCUCCGGCAACAUCGUUGUCUGCCUCAUCAUCUGCAGGAACGGGAACCUCAAAUCAACACGAAACUGGUACAUCCUCAACUUGUCCAUCUGUGAAAUCAUGACCUGCAUACUGUGUAUGCCUUUCAUCCUGGUGCGGAUGACGCUCAAAAACUGGCGCUUGGGCUUGGUGCUAUGUAAACUCGUCCCAACGCUUCAAACAACCUAUGUGGCAGUAUCAACACUUACCAUUGUGGCCAUCGCCGUGGAUCGGUACCGUGUAAUUGUGUGUUCGGUGACCAGGAGUCACUACAAGAAGAAGACAAAGUAUGUGAUCCCCUUGACAUGGCUUGUGGGAUUCUUUAUGUCCCUCCCGCAGCUGUUGACUAAUCGCGUGGAAGAUGUUAUCGGCGUGUCUCGCUACCUCCUGUACUCCAUCUGUAUUGAACAUUGGGAGUCCUCCGAGCUACUCAUGUGCUAUACAGUGACCGUUCUACUCAUGCAGUACCUCCUACCUGUUCUUGCCAUCAUCACACUCCAUGUCCUCAUAUGUCGGUUUCUUCGCGUCCGUAUCAACACACGACAAGCCUCACUGAGGGAGGUGCACCGAGCUAAGAGAAACAUGGCGAGUCAUCGUAAAAAUAUGUAUCUACUAACAAGCAUAGCUGUUUUGUUUGCGGUGACGUGGUUGCCAAUAACUCUUGUCAACAUCUUGGCCGACUUUGAUCAGGGGGUGUUUGAGGACAAGGAUUUCCGACUCAUCCACGCGACUUGCCUUUUAGUGGCGCUGUGCUCUGUGUGUAUAAACCCGGUUGUCUACGGCUGGUUCAACUCCAACUUUCGCCGUGAUCUACAGAGAUGGGCCAGUACAAAGAUAUCAAGCUCAGUGGAUAUGCUCCAAUACAUUGAGGCCAGCACACACCGGUCCAAAACCGAUAUGUUGUCCAUGUCAACACACAACCUACGGGGAUAUUCCAUUGUUCAUGAACGACGUUUAGAAUAACACGUGACUACAACCUGUCUUUCCUAUUUGGGGGCUGUAGCCUAAUUAGUUUUUCUUGGCAUAUCGAAGCGACACUCAAACAAUUGUGCAACCCCAAUCCAUUUAUUGAUGUUUUCGCCUGAUGUGUAGCUGCACUACUCCCAAAGGAUGUGUCAAAUGGAAGUAUAUAGCAUCGGAUGUCAUGACAGAGACGCAAUUAAACAGUUAUAUUUUUAUUUUUCUCGAUAAAGUGCAAUGGUUGCAUCUUUUCAUAUAUCUGCCACUGAACUCAGAACGUUUGCCGAUGGAUGUAAACGAAAUGUCGACGAUGAAGUAUAAUGUUUUGCUCUAUAUUGUGAGAACACUUCGUUUAGUUAGACAGGGCAAACAGUUAUCGGUGAGAGUAUAUAGCGAGGUGCAUGCAUGUGUGUGUGGCUGCUUGUACAAGUCCGGACUGAUGCCGAUUUAUAGUGCUAGCCCAUUGAAAUACCAUGCCGCAGGUUAACAUGAAUACCCCACUCAGACACAGUAUACUGAU